CCACAGCCCUUGGGCCUGAGUUAAUGAGCACAUUCAGGGUAAAGUGACAGCUCCCAGCUGGCUAGCGGCUGAGUCAGCCUUGGUAUUAGGGACUUGAGUUUGUUUGUAUGGUCCUGAGAUCUGGGUCCAAGCUCUGCAACCUGCCAGCCACGCACGUACUGUGGCAAGUUACUUCCCCUCCUCAGAUGUCUCGGUUUCCUCAUCUGCUGCCUUCUGAGACUUCUGUGGGAUAUGCACGUGACAGUGUGUGACACAGGAACUGGCUAGCAGUAGGGGCUGCUCCGGGAGUCAGAAUCUGCUCUGACACUCCUCAGACCAACGGGGAAAUCACUGACUCCUGGGUGAGAAGACUGAGAAGAGGCUGCGGAGAAAGGGAGCUGCUGGGUCUGUGCGGCUGCCCUUCGACCAGCAGCCGCCGGUGCCCCCUCGCCCCUCUCCCUCCACCCCCCACCCCCCUCUUUCCUCCGCUGGGGGUGGGGGAGGGUUCCGGGAAGGGACCUUUUCUCCACCUCCUGUUCUUCAAGUCCCAGUUUCCGCCAGGCCUUGGUGCUAGGGGUGUUCGGGCGGGGCGGCCCCCACAGGGGCUAUUUCAGUCAGAGACGGCCCUGACAGGAAACAGAGGAAGCUGCUGGCCUGGUCAGAGGUGUCGCAGCCCGGGCUGAGGGCAGGCGCGGGGAGCCUCACGUCUGGCUUCCCCUUGGCCGACACACGUGAGACCAACCAAGGCGCUUUGGGGACAGAAGGCGGCAGGUAAGAAAAGUGCAACCAAAAGAAAGACCGUGGCUUUGGAAGGUGGAGUCCUGGCCGAGGAGGUAGACUCUGUCCUUGGUCAGCUCACGCCUCUCCAGAUGUAGGAAGCCGGUCGGGCAGCCAUGGAGUGGCACAACGGCACCAGCCAGGCUCUGGGCUCGCCGCCGACCACCUGUGUCUACCGCGAGAACUUUAAGCGACUGCUGCUGCCGCCCGUGUACUCGGUGGUGCUGGCGGCCGGCCUGCCGCUGAACAUCUGCGUCAUCGCCCAGAUCUGCACGUCCCGCCGGGCCCUGACCCGCACGGCUGUGUACACCCUGAACCUGGCCCUGGCCGACCUGCUGUAUGCCUGCUCCCUGCCCCUGCUCAUCUACAACUACGCCCAAGGGGACCACUGGCCUUUCGGCGACCUCACCUGCCGCCUAGUGCGCUUCCUCUUCUACGCCAACCUACACGGCAGCAUCCUCUUCCUCACCUGCAUCAGCUUCCAGAGGUACCUGGGCAUCUGCCAUCCUCUGGCCCCCUGGCACAAGCGUGGGGGCCGCCGGGUCGCCUGGCUCGUGUGUGGCAUCGUGUGGCUGGCCGUGGUGACCCAGUGCCUGCCCACAGCCUUCUUCGCCGCCACAGGCAUCCAGCGCAACCGCACAGUCUGUUACGACCUGAGCCCGCCCUCCCUGGCCACCCGAUACUUGCCCUACGGCAUGGCCCUCACGGUCAUUGGCUUCCUGCUGCCCUUUGCCGCCCUGCUGGUCUGCUACUUCUGUCUGGCCCGCCGUCUGUGCCGCCAGGACUGCCUCACAGGGCCUGUGGCCCAGGAGCGGCGUGGCAAGGCAGCCCGCAUGGCUGUGGUGGUGGCAGCCGCCUUUGCCAUCAGUUUCCUGCCUUUCCACGUCACCAAGACAGCCUACCUGGCGGUGCGCUCCACGCCCGGGGUCUCCUGCCCCAUUCUGGAGGCCUUUGCAGCCGCCUACAAAGGCACCCGGCCCUUCGCCAGUGCCAACAGCGUGCUGGACCCCAUCCUCUUCUACUUCACCCAGAAGAAGUUCCGCCGGCAGUCCCAUGAGCUGCUACAGAAACUCACGGCCAAGUGGCAGCGGCAGGGCCGCUGAAUCCACUGGGGCAGGACCCGUGGGGCCGGGACAGCCGUAAUCUUUACCAUUGUGGCUGGGACACCAGGAGUCUGACCAAGCCUAAAGCAUGCAGAGAAUUAGAACUUAGCUCAGCUGGACAUGGGGUGAGGUCCCCCACAGACCCCCAAAUCUCCCCAGCUACUUACGGAGCCCUUUCUCUGGACCAGGCCCUGUGGCCACAGAGACACACAAGCCCGAGCCUGGCUCUCCAGAAGGUCUCAGUCAGCCACGGAGAGUUGGGCAAGCCAUGUUAAGCUGCUCACAAAAAUAUAGCAUGACGUGUUCUAUACCCGAGGAA